AGCGAGCGCGAGUCGGUGUCGGUGCUCGGCGCGGCGCGGGGUUGUGGCCGUCAGUCGUCGGGUGAGCGGGGUGCGACGCAAACGCGGACUCGGACUAUGGCGGAAGGGCUGAUCCUCAUUCCCAUAAAAGGGUCGAGUUGAUUGUGGUGUGGAUACGUUUGGUCCCCCUGCACUCGUCACAAAAUCUUCGGAACAGAAAAUAAAAAUGGAUCUUAAAAUGUAAAAACGACUAUUGUUGUUAUUUUAUAGAAUUGUUCUUGGAACAAGAGAAAAAAUACUUAUGUAUACAUUGUAGAUUGUUGAAAUAUUAGAUGACAAAUUCUAGAGGGUGAAUAUAUUCCUAACUAAGAAGUGAUUAUACAGGCAAAAUGGCUUCACAAAGGUUCUGCUUGAGGUGGAAUAACCACCAAUCGAAUAUGCUGUCUGUAUUUGACCAACUACUUCACGCUGAGACCUUCACGGACGUUACUCUAGCAGUAGAUGGCCAGCUACUAAAAGCCCACAAAAUGGUACUAUCAGCCUGCAGUCCGUACUUUCAGGCUCUUUUCGUAAACCACCAGGAAAAACAUCCAAUCGUCAUUUUAAAAGACGUUCCUUAUUCAGACAUGAAGAGUUUAUUAGAUUUCAUGUACCGAGGGGAAGUGAGCGUCGACCAAGAGCGACUGACGGCAUUCUUAAAAGUAGCUGAAAGCUUGAGAAUAAAAGGACUCACUGAAGUAAAUGAAGAAAAAUGUGAUAUCCCAGCUCUUACAAAUUCUUUAAUACAACAACAGCAACAAACAUCUGCCUCCGCCCACACCCCUCCACCCCAGCUUCACCGAAUACACCCCUACAUGCAACAAAAAAGACCAGCUUCAGGCAUGCCAACGGGUGGAGCACCUCCAAAUUUAUUAAUGCCUUUGCUCGGAAAUGCUCUAAUGCAACCUAAAAGAAAAAGAGGCAGGCCGAGGAAAUUAAGCGGCAGUUCGAGUGACGCCCUGACCACCGCUGCUAGUCCACCGGGAGAGUUCAUACCCGAGUCAGCCUCCCACGCUGCUUCCAACAGGCCUGGUGAUCAGUUAAUUAGAGGAUCGCCGGAAAUGCUUGAAGUGAAAAUGUCCAUGGACGGUUUCAGUGCUGAGGACGGCGCAACAUCGGGGGGCGAAGAGGCCGGGGAGGCGCUACUUAUCGACGAGGGUGACGACGCGCACUCCACGGACGCGCAGAUGGCAGGGAAGGACUCGGAGUCUGCAGAUCCCGAAAAAGCGUCAAAAGGGGAAUUACACCAGAAUAAUAAUUCAACAAACGGACCUACCCUCUCUAUCGAAAAUGGAUCCAUUAAGCAGGAGCCCGCGGCCGACGCCACCGACGGCUAUAACGAACCUAUAGAGUACAAGUACAACCCCGACAGGAGCCGCGAUAACUCUAACUCACGGGAUGAUCCCAUUAAAGACGCAGAUGACAAGAACCGACUGGGCAGAAAUUUAAAGCCAAAGAAUAAUAAAAAACUACUACCCCAAAUGUCAAAACUUAGAGCCCGAAACUUGUUCAAUCAGCUCUCCGGUCUUUCUAACCUGAACCCCGCUCUUAACAGCUUCGACAAGUUCGCACCCGAAACCGUGCUCAUGCCAGCUCUUGCCACGCAGUUGUUCGCCGCCGAGCUGGAGCAGAACACUCUAAGUCUCACCAACAGCGAGGUGGCCGACCUCGCGCAAACUAACUGGGAACAUCGUAUAUUCCCUUCUCCUAUAAGGAAAAAUAAUAUGGCCAAUUUGGGCAACUAUCAUGAGGAGACUAACGAAUCCGUGAGGGAUUACUGCAUCAAAGAGGGAGAAAAUGUUUUCAGAUGCAAAAUUUGUUCUCGAGUUUAUACUCACAUUAGUAACUUCUGUCGGCAUUACGUCACUUCUCACAAGAAGGACGUCAAAGUUUUUCCAUGCCCUAUUUGCUUCAAAGAGUUUACUAGAAAAGAUAAUAUGAUUGCGCAUCUAAAAAUAAUUCAUAAAAAUCAAUCAAAUGCUAACGAGCAAAUGGCUAAACAAGAGUCCUAGAAGACGUGGCAAUGUUUUUCAUCGAACUCUUAGUUUCUCCAUUAUUAUUUGUUGGUAUGCAAAGAUCUGAGUUGAACACGAGCAGAGGGUGGAGCCUGGUCGCGCGGAUACAAGCGGAUAUUAUUAUGAUUAAAGUUGCAUUGAGUAGGUUUUGAGCUCUAGUUUCAAAUAUAUACAUAAAUCUAUUUAACAGUAAGUUGUUGAUGUAGGUCGAUGAAAGAGUUGUUAUAUUUAUUAUUAUGUUCAAAUUCAUUUCUCAGAGAACUAUCUUCAAAGAGAUUUAUGAAUGUUUCUACUUAUUUUACUUGUUAUUUCGCACUUAUGUACUUGUUACUUAAUUUUAUUACUUACAAAAUUUCAGGGUACAAAAUAAUUACUCAAGGUGAUCGUUUAUCAAAUGGUAGUCUCUUAGAUAACCGCAUAAUGAUGUGCUAACAUUAUUUGCAAUUCUCAUUGAACUGAAUUAGUGUAGGUUUCUUAGUUGUUUAUAUUGUUCGUUUAUUGAAGACGCGAAUAGAAGGUCGCGGUAGUAGUAGUAGUUAGUAUUUAUUAUGCGAUGAAGUGGCUCGUCCAGAAGAGGCUACCGAGCGGACAGCCUGCGCCGCGUCGCGCUGCUCCGCGCCGCGCUGCUCCGCGCCGCGCUGCGCUGCGGCGUCGGCGCCGGCAUCCGCUCGCCAUUCUCUGUACAAACUCUUAGAGCGCAGAGUACUAGUGGUUUCAAUUAUAAAUUGCAUUUUCAUUUGACUUGCCUUAUUAGUGAUUUUAGAUGUAAAUAACGAUUUGACUUCUUCGAAGUAAAACUCAACACAGGCUAUGAUUUUUUGUCUAGGACUUGUUAAGAUUAUUUUAUAAUAGUUUAUUCAAUGUUGAAAGCUUUGGUUGUAAAUGUAAAUGUUAUUCAUUUCAGAUACAUAUUAGAGAAAAUAUACUAUUACCUAUGUAUGAUGUGAAUGAGAAAAUUUUAAAAUAGAUUUUUAAAAUCUCAAUAACAGCGAAAUUUAGGUGGUAGAUGUCACGUAGUUAAGGAUUCAGUUCCUGAAUAUUUAUUUAAGAAAAGCGAAGUAAUGGCCCCAACCGUAGCUGCGCCCGCGACGCCACUGCGUGUGCGUCGACGGCCUCGCUCAGGUCCGAACUCGGCGCGGUAGCAACUCUCACUAUGUUUACAUUUAGUAAAGUUCAGUUAAGAACCAACUAGGUGCCUGCGUAGGUAACUAGCACCUACGUUUAGAAGAACAAGUUAUAAUUUGUGUAUAGUUAAAUAUUUUAUCGUUCAAAGACAAUAUUAUGACGAAAAGAAAUAUAUGAGAUUUAUCUAGAUCACUAAUUACACUGAUUCGCGGCCGUACAGAAUUAAAUAUAAAAUACCAGAUGUUUUUAAUAUUAAUCUGUAAAUAUUAUCAUUACAACACAAGUUGUAAGAGUGAUCUAAGCAAGGUGCUUUGAAAGAAGUUAAUAAAUGACAGGAAUCAUGAGAUGAUUUGUAAAUUCUAUUUUAGUAGAAAUCAAAUGCCUUAAAUAUUCGAUAAGUAACAAUACUUACUUAAAAUAUUUAAUUAAUCUAGAGGCAAAAUGUAGUCUUCCAUAUAUCGAUAGCGACACUUUAUCUCGAUGGUAUAUUAUUGUUCAAGAGAUAAUAGAUGUGUAACUAAAUUAAGCCCAGAUCAGCCUUACUUGUACUAUGUGAUGAUGACAUUAGCGUGUGACACAAGACUGGUGUAUCAUAGUAUCGAUGCCCUCGUACAAACGUAGUUCGGGACGCGCCCGCCGCUGUAUACCCUCACCCCACACCGCACGCCGGUUAACGGUUGACCACAAUUGAAUUGAAACAUGUACUCAUUUUCCAUGUUUGACGCACAUUAAAUCAUUUAUAACUGCAUUAACUGCAUUUAAAUUCGAGCAAGGUUUCUUAAUUUUCAUUUAAAGCUUAAUUUGAAAACUACGUUUGUAUGUAUAAGUAUAUGGUGUAUAGUGUGGUGCAUGUCGGGUAUUUCUUUUGAUAAAAAAUUACAUGUUGAUUGCAUAGCGACUACAUAAAUAUACCUUCCUAAUAUAUUCUGCAAUGGUUGACAUCAGUGACAGAUUGCAAUUUUUACAUUCGCUUCAGCCAUAUUUUUAACCACUUGUUAAUUUCCAUAGUUUAAUUCUACAUAUAUUUUUAACUACUUUAUUAUGUGUGAACUUUUUGUGUGUUUAACUCUUACUACUGCUUUAUUUAUUCUGCACGCCAAGCGAAUUAUUUCUCAAUUGAUGAAUUCAGUUCCUAACGAAAUUUAAACGCUCUGAUUCGUUCUUGAUUUUAAAUUGAGCCAUCCGGUUCCCAGUGGUACCCGGCUGAUCUAUUAUUUAGGAAUUCGAACGUAUACUUGUUACUAAACCGAUAACUUAUUACUUAUGCUUCCAAAGCUAUUUACUUUAUUUAACUACCUACUUUUCUGAAUGACCAUUAUGUAAAAGCUUUAUUUAUUCUCGAGUGUAUUUUUGGCUUGCCAUGCAAUAUUGUCACUUAUGUCAACGGAAGUUGUUUGCGGUUGUGACGCAUACUAUAAUAAUGAAAGCCCGAGAUGCACCGUGUUGGUCGACCACUGCGAAGGUGUCGCGUGUCGUUACUGAUGUAAGGCUGGCAUGUCACUCAGCGAUGGCAGUUGAACCUUAAAUAUCAAUUACGUUUACCCUAAAAACCAAGUUUCUAGUAACAUAAAGUAGGUCCAGGAAACGCUUGCCUAUUAGUGUGCCUUUACUUGUACAUUAAAUAAUAAGUUAAAUAUUUAUUGACUAUAUUAGACUAUUAAGAAAUUUCAAAGAAUGUUAUGUAAAAUUAUUUAUUUUAAUUAUUCAGAGUUUACAAUAUACUUUAAGAAGCUUCCAUAGGAAUUUAGAGACCAUUUAGGCCCAUGUAGAACAAAUAACGUUGUACUUAUCUAACCAUAAGAAUAUAUCAUCUCAUGUUUCCGACUUAAUUUGGAUAUCGAAAAUGUUAAAAGAUUUUCAAAUGAGCUACCUAAAUUAUAAAAAUCGAGGCAGCAAGUCUUGGUGAAAUCAAUAUUAAGACUGUAAAAAUUCUUAAAAACGAAUUUAACUUACCUUUCAUAAGCUUUUAUACAAUUUAAACGGGGCUAACUUUGAAAGGUACUUAAUGGGGAAAUGUAUAGGUACGUAGGGAGAUGCAAUCAAUGAACAUUUAAUCUCAUUCUUAUGUAGUCAACCAGUGCCUAAGCUUACAAACCUUAUUCGAAAAUUAUAUUAUCUAAUUUAUCGUUCUUGUCCUAAUUCGUUAAGAUUUUAUUUUAUUUUAUUAAUUAAUAGAUUAAUAUUUACAACGUCGAUUGGAUGUUAUUUAUUACAUAUUAUAAUAUCAUCAAUUGGUGCUAACUAUGCUUAAGAAAUGUUACAUUUGAUGUAACAUUCAAAAGAAAUUUCCGUAUAUUAUUUACAUAUAAAAUUAUUAUUGUAUGUCUUUUUCGUUAACGUUGUUAUUUUAAAUGAAUAUACAAUUAUCUUAUUUCAUUUGUCGUCAGGUUGCAUUAACACAGUGCUAGAAAUGGGAUUUCAAUUGUAUCAAACGAGACGCGUUCGUAAGAACGGCUCGAUUCAGUCAUAAUAAUGUGUGUGAAUAUUUAAAUAACUACACUUGUAUUUAGUUACUCAGAACAAGUACUAGAAAACUUAGGUAAGACUAAAUCGCAGUACCUACCACUGUUGUUAGAUGACACAUAUUCGAUACUGUAAUGUUGAUUAUCACUUCCCUAAAGCAAUAAUUACUUAGAAUUAUACAUACAAUUAAAAUGAUUACCACUUACAUGAUUCAUGAAAUAUGUUUAUUGACAUUAAACACUUACAGUAGGAUUUUUAAACUUAUCGGAAACUAACAAUGACGUUACAUUAAAACACAAUAAGCUUAGAGUAGACGGCAUUCUAUAGCGUAUGUAUUGAGAAACAUAUUUACUGGAAUAAAUAUUCAAGCUAAAAGAAGCUCUCAAUUUUAAUUAAAAAUAUGUGUAGUUUUGAUGCGAAUCGGACGCUACAGAGUAGGGUUCUAUUUAAUUUCUCCACUUGUUCUGUAUUCGCGGAUAAUAAGCAUCAUAUAAUGGAUUGUGGUAAAUCUUACGCGAGUGCUUGGUUUUUCCCGUAAAACUUGUGACGUUAUACAUUAUAAUCCCUAACAGCAUCAAACUAAAUAUUACUUUUAGCUAACACACCUGCGUAAGACCAGUGACGGCAUCUAUUAUUAGGUAUCAAUAAAAUUACAUCAAUCAAAUCAUCAAAAUCCGUCCAGAUUAAUGUGUUAGGACGUCAUAAUCAAUAAAUCUUAUAAUUACACAUAUUAUUAACUGGAGAAUCAACAUAAAUAACUUGCUAUUAUAAUGAAACCUACUAAAAAAAAUCUAUAACGUUGUAAAUAAUAUGACUUAUAUAAUUUUCCGACUACAUGAAAGCGAUAUCAUUUGGACAGUAUGUUUUUUUGUAUAAUUCACAAGUACUUAACCGAUAAAUAUGUUUCUCAAUGUGUAUGGGACACAGUUAACAUACGGCGUAAGUACUUACCUACAGAAAACUUAAAUAUUAACCGUUCGUGAUAUACAUUUACUUCACACGACUACAUACAUAUUAUGAUAAUCGUAGUUGUUAGCCAAAAGAAAACUUUAACCGUUUUUUUAAUUAAUUUGCACUUAGACAAUAGCCAAUGCAAAGAGUAAUGUUUAGAGACAUUUUAGAAUGAAAGUUACACGACAUAGCAUUAUUUGUUAAAAAAAGGAAUAAAUAUAUAAGGUGUUAAUUACUAUUUUUAGAAUCUUUAAUGAAAGUAAUAAAGUUACAGCAAAAUGUAUUGAAUCUUUUCAAUUAAUGUUAUUACUUUGUUUUGUUUCAUUUGUUGUUGUUAAUUUAAUUCAACCUUUUUAUUUAAAAAAAAUCAAUGUUGGUAAUAUCGAAUAUAACUUAUUGUGAUUUUUCUUUAGAGUUCUUGUCAUACAAGAAACGAAAAUUGAAGUACUACACUUCAUGCAUUAUUAUUGACAUUCAUGUGCACGUAUAUAAUAGAUAAAGUUUAUGUUUAGUAUAAGAGGUAUCAUGGGACGCGGCCGGUCCUUGGUACUGGUUGAUUUCGAGAGUGACUCGCGUACACGUAGAUCCCCGCCGUCGCAAGCGGUGACACUUUCAGCAGGCUAAUAUUGUGAAAUCUUAGUACCAUUUGAGCUGUUAGUGUUAUUUUGAAAACGGGCCGAUCAUCCCGUCAUCGGCUAUUUCACAAUUACCCUGCUCCACGUCGUGAAUCGUGAGGUCUAACUUCAACACCGACACGGACUUCUACAUGUCCUAAAUCGUUGUUGUUAUUAACAAACAAUAAUGAUUAUUACUUUUUAAUAUUAUAUAGUAGCAAAGUAACAACACGGGUUAUUAGUAAAACAUAGAUUAAAAGUAAGUUAUUUAUAUUAUAAUUAGAGGUAAAUAGUGUUGUUAAUAUUUGAGUGAAAUUCAAUACUUAGAAAGCUUUAUUAGUCAGGAAAGUAACGAAGAGAGGAAUGUUCAGGUAUGUGAUCACGUUGAUACUUCUACUCUCUGUUCGUAGCGGUGUGGCGGACCCUAGUGCUAGUGCUAGAUGACUUUAUUUAGUUCGCUUUCUAUGUUGCUCAAACUGACACUAUGUGACAAAGUAUUUUGUUUCAGUACAAAUUAUUGCUUUGUUUGUUUUUUGUUGAUCCUGUAGAAAAUAUUGCAACUUUUCCAUGAGGCUAAUUAUUCCUGCCCAUUUUUUGUCGAUGACUUAAUUUUGAAUUUUAAUUUCAUUACCAUAUAAACAGGGCAGCUAUUUUCUAGAAUCUGUAAGCUAACACCAAUGGUACAAUUUAUAUUAUUUUUACAUCUCUGAGCCCACCUUAUGUGAUCUUAAGAACUAAGUUUACUGAAGUGUUAUUUUUAUACGACGUACCUACAACUUUACUUGCCGAAAUAGUUCCAAAUGCAAACACUUGAGUCCUAUUAUGUCAUAGAGAAUUCUGUUCUUUUUUGUUAUAUCAUUAUUAAUUUAUUAUCUUAGAUUACGAUUAAUUUAAAUAGAUUAGGCAGUUUGACUUUUUCGUAAGUUUAUUACAAUUUUCAAAUAUGUAUUUUAGCGGUCUGAAUUUUGUUUUGGAUAUAAAAAUGUAUUUUUAGCCAUCAUCAUUUGUUGGACUGAUAUUAUACUGUUGGUUUUACUUGACAUGUUUUGACCCAUUGUUUAUUUUAUUUCCAAAUUUAUUUUUCAAUUGGUUAUAAGUAGUUAUAUUUUAUUUCGGUUAUUGCAUGAACAAGUUUUCGACCUGAUACUGAACUGUAAAGUAUAGUCUACUAUGUCAAACUUUAAUUGGAAAGGUGCUACAGUAACUGUAUAAGCAUAUAACUUGUUCAUGAAGUAUAUCCGCUUUUGUUCAUGGUCUUUUUUAUUAGAAACUUGUGGUAAUUAAUUUCGACAAUCAAUUUGAACAAAUAAAGGUUUAUAUAUUUUC